GAACUUUUGCCUCUUGGUCAAAACUUUUUUUUCGAACAAAUUCUCUGCUAACAUAAAAUAUGAAAGUUAAAGCGCUUUCACGAUCGUCCAACGAUUAUGUUCGUGAGCGAUCGCAGGAUCUUCACAAAGUACAACGCAAUCUAAAUCCUACGAUCCAUCCUUUUGAACAAGGCCGAGAAUAUGUUCGUGCCCUGAACACCGUUAAACUCGAGCGAAUGUUUGCCAAGCCAUUUGUGGGUGCACUUGGUGGUCAUAUCGAUGGCGUCUAUACCAUGGCGAAACAUCCUACUCGACUAACCAGCAUGAUUUCCGGCAGUGGCGAUGGUGAACUUCGAGUAUGGGAUCUUGCGGACCAAAACACUGUCUGGCGAGCAAAUGCGCACAACGGUAUCGUUCAAGGCGUAUGUGCCGGCAGCGAUUCUCGAUUCCUGUCUUGUUCCACUGACAAGACCGUCAAGAUUUGGGAUACCAGCGCAUCAUCCGAACCUAUCAACACCUAUGUUGGCAAGUACGCAUUCAUGAGCUUGUCGCACCACCGCAAAGAUCCACUUUUCGCAACAGCAGGCAACACAGUAGACGUAUGGGAUGAAUCGCGAUCUGAACCUAUUCACGAAUUUGAAUGGGGCGCCGAUUCGUACCAGAGCGUCAAAUUCAACCAGGUCGAAACAAAUAUUCUAGCCAGCACAGGAACUGAUCGAACAAUUGUUUUGUACGACUUGAGAACCAGCCAGCCUAUUUCCAAGGUUGUCAUGGCAAUGCGCACCAAUGCUAUUGCAUGGAACCCUAUUGAAGCAUACACUUUUGCUGCUGCAAAUGAAGACCACAACACUUAUUUGUUCGAUAUGCGGAAUAUGGAGAGCGCACAUAAUGUUUUCAAGGAUCACGUUUCAGCAGUCAUGGAUGUUGAUUUUGCUCCAACUGGCCAAGAAAUUGUUACGGGUUCAUAUGAUCGAACACUGCGCAUCUACAACACUACCCAAGGCCACAGCAGAGAUGUGUACCACACUAAGCGUAUGCAAAGAAUCUUUUCAGUACAAUUCAGUAUGGAUAGCAAAUUCGUCCUUUCCGGAUCAGACGACGGCAAUAUUCGCUUGUGGAAGUCAAAUGCUUCCGAGAAACUUGGUGUCAAAGACUGGCGAGAGCGUCAUCAUUUGGCAUAUGCUGCUUCGCUCAAGGAACGCUUCAAGCAUAUGGAUGAGAUUCGACAGAUUGAUCGUCAUCGUCCUUUGCCUGGUGAUGUCAAACGAGCCGAUAGACUCAAGAAGCAGUUGUUGGCAUCUGAAAGGAGAAAGGAUGAUAACCGCCGCAAGCAUAGCAAGAAGUACGAUGAGGAAAAACGGAUACCGGAACGAAAGAAGGCCAUUAUUGGCGUUGCAAAGUAGCACAUACAAUCGCAGUAAUAGAAGCAUUUCUCAAAAGUCCAAAACCCAUUAUUCUCUUUUUCUGUUUUCUUUAAUCGCAUGGCAUUAUCAUUACCUUUUUUUCCUUCUUCCUUGUACAAUAAUACACUUUAUCACUCGCGCACAUAUCGUCAUAUUGUUCCUGAAAAAUAUGAAGGCGGGAAACCGUAAUAGGUUUAAAGCUGGUUGCACUAAUGGUGGUUCAUUUAUCGUCGCACAUUACAAUAUAUUUGUGUGUCACGAAGUUAGUAUGGAAGUCAUCUUGACGGAGAAGAAUGUUUAUGCACAUCCAACUCGCU